AGCAAGGAGCAGCCCCGGCCCUUCCCCUGCAGGGCACAAAGGGAGCGAAGGUGCCUCUGCCCCCCUGCCCCACCCCAGCCCCCCGUUGCUUGGUGCUGAUUCCAGCACCACUGCGGCCUCGCCUAGCGCCAGGCAUGGAGCUGGGGGCGCACAGACCCUGGGUACCGCAGAGCACCCUCGAGACCGAUUUCCCCCUGCCCCUCUACAGUGACCAAUAUGUGACGCUGCGGGGACCCCGCCAGGCCCCCGUGCUGAGGCAGGCCGUGCGCUGGAAGACCACCCCCAUGGGCUGGGACGCCGCGGGGCAGAGCUGGGCCACGGGGCUGAGCGGCUGGGACGCGCCGGGGGACCCCUGGUACAGCCUCACCCGCGGCAUCGCCCGGCACCGCUGGCAGCGCGCCCACGUCCCCCGUGAGCUGGAGCCCCUGCCCCCGGUUUACGCCCAGCACCUGCGGGAGGUGGCGUGGUGGGACCCCAUCGUCCCCGCUGCCUACCCCGGACCCUGCACCCGCUGGGGAGCCUUCCUCUGGCAGGAGCGACCCAUCCUGGGCAAGGAGUACGUUGCCACCCGCAGCCAGAGCCCCAGGGCGCUGGGGGGCAGCCCGGGGUACGUCCCCCUGCUGUCCUCCUGCCGCCCCCCCGGCACCACCCGUGACAUCCACACCUGGAGGCUCCUCCAGCACCAGCCCUCCACCCGCCAGUAA